CAAAGAGAACUUCAUCAAGAAAUCGACAACUUUUCUACUUAACAUCAAAUCAAAUCAAAUCUUUCGAAACAUGACAGAAUAUUGGGUAUCAAAACAAUCAUAUUAUUGUAAAUACUGUGAAAUCUACAUAAGAGAUGAUAAACCUUCUAGAGCGCAACAUGAGAAUGGAUUAAGACACAAAGGAAAUCUAGAGAGAUAUAUCCGAGAUAUCUAUAAAAAAGAAGAAAGAACGAAUCAUGAAAAAGAAGAAGAAAGACGCAUGAUUGAAAAGAUCAAUUUAGCUGCCAACUUAUCACAUGAAACUCAAGACCGAUCUAGUACGAGUUCUAAACGAUUAAACGAAGAAGCAGAAGAAGAAGAUCUAGACUCGAAAACGAAAAGAUGGAAAGGAAGUAAAUCAGAAGAAUGGAAAGGAGCCCAAGAUUUAAUGAAUUAUAGUGAUGCGAAAAGUUUAGGAUUAGUUCAUGAAACAGAAGAAGGAACGAAUGAAGAAACUCCCACUGAACAAGAAAUCCGAAUGACCGAAGGGUUUAUUGGGAAAUGGGAAAUCGCUCAACGGGUUCCUAAACCCCUCCCAGCAAGUUCAACAAGACCUAUCCCACCCACCAAACUUCCUAAUAAUGAAUCCAUUCAUUCUAAACUUUCAAACCAAUUUAAUUCGGAUCUAGAACCUCCUUCUAAGUUAUUCGGUGAAAGGAAACCAGAAGUAGACCAUGAUCCGACUAAAAACCUAGAAAUCAAACUCAAGAAAAAGACAAACGUUCAACUUAAACAAGAAGAAGAAGUUCAUUCACUUCAACCGAUCUUACCUUUUCGUUUAGAUGGACUUCAAUCUGAAGAAACCUUAUCCAACUCGGUGGAGAUCGGUCAAAGUAAAUCGUUAGAUGGUGAGGAUGAUGAGGUUAAACCUGAUUUAAAUUUACUUGAUGAUUGUAAACCUUUGAUUGAAGAAGAAACAAAGGUUCUUUUUAAGAAACGUAAACCUAAAGCGAAUUCAACUUUACGUCAAAAAUCAUGAACCCAUCUUCUUUUCUUAAUCAAUUUAUUAUCAUUUCUUUCUUUUCAUCUUGGGAUCUAUUCUAUUUGACUUUUUAAACAAUCAAGUGUAAGGUGUAUUAUCUAUUAAACUCAUUUUGUAGAAUUCUAAAGUGAUACCUUGGCAACUUUUCUCCUCCAUUGAUUACUUCCAUUUUGUAAUAAAUAGUAUCUUGACUUGAGUUUAACCCAGAUCUCUUUUAUCAAGAAUAUACAAUUUCGAAUUACACCGUGAUCUGAUGAUUUCAU